AGUCGUGUUUGCAUUUAUCUUUGACCCUGGAUUAAGAGGCUGAGCGAUUUCACUGUCACCUUUCGCUUAAAAUUAAUCGCCUGUAAAAUGGCUUUGUAUGUAACAUACUAUAAUGAAUGCAUUUUUUUCCCUGAAUGUACGAAAAUGUUUAAAAGAUGUUCUUAUGUUUCAGCGUGAUACCAUCCAGUUUAAAGGUUUGAGGUCAUUACAGUCAUCUGUAUUUCUGUACCAAAAACGUUCAGCAUUCGCUUGUUUUAUAUAUUUUUGGGGCUCUUUGGGUUCUCAUUUUUCCUAAAUUCCCGACUGAAAUAUGUGGAACACGACAGCUGAAGCCAAGUUCAUACGCGUAGUUUCUGUUUCAUUACCGUCUGUCAGAAACAAACCCAAGGCUUGGUGAAUCAGCCAUGGAGGGUGGGCAGACUUUAUCGCGUUUUUUCGCCAUUUUGAAAACAGCAUUUAAAUAGUUUAGGCUGAUAGAUAGCAUCCCAUUAUAUCGCCCUCCUCUCUAAUCAGAGCGGAGGUGCUGAAUUUAGUUAGAUCCAAGCGCAUCUGGUUUUCCGGUCAGAGGAUAAGGGGGAAAAUGAUACCCGGUCGUGGCGGAGAUCCGGACGACACACGGUGGUGUUUCGCGCAGGUGAAAGGUGUCGUCGAGGUGAAUGUCACCGAAGCUGACAUCAUCUCCACCGUUGAGUUCAACUCCACGGGAGAGCUUCUGGCCACUGGAGACAAGGGGGGCCGAGUGGUGGUGUUCCAGAGAGAGCAGGAGAGUAAAAACCAGCCACACAGACGAGGGGAGUACAAUGUUUACAGCACCUUCCAGAGUCACGAGCCCGAGUUCGACUACCUGAAGAGUCUCGAGAUCGAGGAGAAGAUCAACAAGAUCCGCUGGCUGCCACAGCAGAAUGCGGCCUACUUCCUGCUCUCCACCAACGAUAAAACUGUGAAGCUCUGGAAGAUCAGUGAAAGGGACAGGAGACCUGAGGGGUACAACCUGAAGGAUGAGGAGGGCAGAAUUCGAGACCCGGCCACCAUCACCACACUCCGGGUUCCAGUUCUGCGGCCCAUGGACCUCAUGGUGGAGGCUACGGCCAGACGGAUCUUCUCCAAUGCCCAUACAUAUCACAUCAACUCAAUCUCCGUCAACAGUGACUACGAAACGUUCAUGUCCACGGAUGACCUGAGAAUAAACCUCUGGAACUUGGAGAUCACCAACAAGAGCUUCAACAUUGUAGACAUCAAGCCCGCCAACAUGGAGGAGUUGACGGAGGUCAUCACGGCUGCCGAGUUCCACCCAAACCAGUGCAACACCUUUGUCUACAGCAGCAGCAAGGGGUCCAUUCGGCUCUGUGACAUGCGGGCAGCUGCGUUAUGUGACAACCACUCCAAGUUCUUUGAAGAACCUGAGGAUCCAAGCAACCGCUCCUUCUUCUCUGAAAUCAUUUCCUCUAUCUCGGAUGUCAAGUUCAGUCACAGUGGGCGAUAUCUGAUGACACGCGACUACCUCACAGUGAAGGUGUGGGACCUCAACAUGGAGAGCAAACCCCUGGAGACUUACCAGGUACAUGACUACUUGAGGAGUAAGCUCUGCUCACUGUACGAAAAUGACUGCAUCUUUGACAAAUUUGAAUGUGUCUGGAAUGGAUCUGACAGUGUCAUCAUGACAGGCUCCUACAACAACUUCUUCCGAAUGUUCGACCGCAAUACGAAACGGGACGUGACCCUGGAGGCCUCGCGGGAGAACAGCAAACCGCGGGCGAUCUUGAAGCCACGCAAGGUUUGCGUGGGGGGUAAACGACGGAAGGAUGAGAUCAGUGUGGACAGUCUAGACUUCAGCAAGAAGAUACUGCACACUGCCUGGCACCCUUCCGAGAACAUCAUUGCUGUGGCCGCCACCAACAACCUCUACAUUUUCCAGGACAAGGUCAACUAGCUGUUGUGCCCAAGCUCCCUGAAAACGUGGCAUUUGGCCCUUUAAGACAUAUUUUGCUUCUUUAUCUUUAAAAACAUCCUUCCUCAAAGUUGGUUGCUGCAGAUCUGCUGGCUAUGCACAGCAAUGGUAAGAGGAUUGUUCCAGAAUAAUUCCAGGAAGGGAGACAGUACUGCGACACAAAUGCCUUGAAGAGAGGCCAAGAGAGAGAAAAUUUUCAUAUCUCCAAUGUUGCAUCAUGGACACUGCUGGGCUGGUAUGAACUACAGGUGUCUUUCAUAAACCCAUGCCCUCCCCGUAUUUUCAUUAGCUUAUUAUUUAUUUCAAACUCAUAUUGGUACUGGAAGGUGCAUUCAGUGUUUCACCACUAAGCGAGGACUGGAAUGUGGUUAAGGAGAGAGAGAGAGAGAGAGAGAGAAAGUGAAAAUGUAGCCACCUCCAGCUGACAUCCACCAGAUGGGAGACAAAGAAACCGACAGAACUUACGAGCGACUGCUACCCAUUUUUCAGCUGGCGAAAAAAUACCAAAUGAUGCUAUUCUAACCUAAAGGUGGAAAGUGUCGCAUCCCACGUGUCUCUCGUUUCCGCAACCAGCCUGAUUUCUCACAAAGGAUUCCACCUGGCACUACGACUGUCCGCCCCCGUGAAAGACGGACGGCACGUUGCCAGCUUGUAAAGUGCAGAGAAAAUGGAGAAUUAUGGAACAACACACGUUUCUGAUUGGUUCCCUUCCCAGAUGAUUGCCCUGCACUUCCUCCUGCUCCCUUGUCCACAUUCUUAAACUGGAGUGCCUCUGAGCAGCCACACAUUAAUUCGUCCAAGUGCGUUUUCAUUUUACUUCCAUUUUGUUCAGUAUUGGAAUGAAGAAGCUGUUGUGCCUUGCUCUGGUAUUUGAUCAUAUAAUGGUAGAGAAACAGCCUCAGUAAUCCAUGUCAUGGACCAUGUAGAACCGUCAAGGACAAAUGCAGGGUGGUGUGGGCUUACAUGGGGGAGAAAGUGGUGCCUCUUUUGGAUGCCAUUUGGUACAUGUUGAAGAAUUGGAUGAUUGUGGAAACUCUGCAUUUUUACAUGCCUGAGUGAUUAGGAAUGAAUGUUUUUUAAAACUGUAAAUGGCAAAAAGGCUAAUUUUAAAAUUCUCUUAAGUACAAGCUAAAUGUUUGUGAUACAUCCUUUAGUACAUUUAAUACAGUUGUACUUCAAUGCUGUAUUCUGCACAAAAGUCAUUGUGCAAAUAAAUUCUAAUUAAAUUCUAAUUAAAAAUUCAGAAAAGCCUUUGAGCCUGUCAAGAAGAAAACUGAUGGUACCAAGAUUAUUGAGACAAUUAUCUCUGUCACUUCUUUUAACAUUCUGCCUGUGUUCCUCACUCUGUUCAUAAAUUCACAAGUUUGAGCUUUCGGUCUGAUGCUACGUCAGGCGAGCUCCCUGUGUCGUGUCAGUGACUGCUUGAGGGCUCUUACUCGCAAGACUCUGUGCAGAGCGCAGCUCAUUCCACAGUGAAGCUGGCCAUGCUGCUCUUUCUUGGAAAUGUCUAGCAAACAGAAGCACCUGGAGCUGCUUCAUCAAGUGAGUUCUGACAGAGGUGGUUGACCCUUCUCCCGUUUUCCUCGUAGUGCCCCUGUCUCUUCUCGAGCUCUCAGUCUUCCUCUAUCCAAGUCCCUGUCUCUGCCCAGGGGGAGGUUGUGUGCUGUACUAGGGUAUUACGAAAACCACUACAUAUGUCCCUUUCUGGUUCCUCUUUCCCAACCAUCAUACUUUCCAAUUCUGCUCAAAGGACUACCACAGCCGAACACAAUGCAGUGCUGGGCUUGGUUACGUACUUGAGAUUUCAUGGUCCAAGAAAUAGAGAGACACAACUGGACCAGUAGAUCCUCCCAUGACAUGAGAGUAAUGGCGGUAUGAUGUAGCCUAACCAGUGACAAAGGUUCUAUGAUAUCAGGGAACUUUAGGUACAAUUCCUUUAAUAAGUAAUGUCUUCUGAACUAUUUAAGUUGUAAACUUCUUAAUGAAAAAGUUUUAUAGCUCAGAAUGUAUUUAAAUGUAUUUAAUUGUCAUGCAAUCUUUAUGCUCUCUAGUAUUCAUUGAAGUAAAACACAAAGCAAGCUGGAACGCUCA